CCCUACAUUGUUUUUUUAAUAUUUCAUUUAAAUUGCUUAAAAAAAUUAAGUCAAAAAUUGCCAAAAAUUAGGAAAUGAUUCAAUGAUUCCAUUUCGUUUUGAAAUUUUUAUAUGUUGUUGAUAUAUAAUUUAAUUUAAUUGCCAAAAAUUAGGAAAUGAUUCAAUGAUUCAAUGACAUUAACUGUUUUUUACAGAAUUUAUAUAAUUUAUAAUUUAAUUAAUAAAUUUAAAAAUUAAUUUUUAAUUACAAAAAAAUAAAAAUUGAAAAAAAUUAAUGUGGUCGUAGGAAUGGAGCCAUCAAGGAGAGGGCAACCCCAAGAGCGUAAUAUUGGCUGGGAGCAUGGGAAGAUGCUCGGUGAACGUCACCAGUUUCAGUGCAAUUAUUGCCACAAGUGCUUCAAAGGAGGAGGAGUAACCAGAUUAAAGCAGCACUUAGCCGGUAAUUCUCGUGAGAUAUCUGCAUGCUCGGAGUGCCCACCGACGACCCGUCAGCUGAUGAGGAAAAACCUCGCUGAGAUCAAAGCAGCCAAGGAGAGGGCUGCCAAGCAGAAAGCGGAGGUGGAACGCCAAGCUGCAGAAGCACCUUCCUAUCAUUUGAUGGAGUCACAGGAGGCCGAGGGUCCAGAUGAGGAGGAGGCACAGAUCCAGGCUGCCAUGCGGGCGAGUCUGGAUGAUCGAUGGCAGCAGGAGGAGGUGGCGAGGCAUCGGGCUCGAUUUGGGCCCUCGUUUUUUGAGUCGGGCGCCGGUUCUGGUGGAAGCAGACAAGAUCCAGAGUUUCAAAGGACAACAUCAGUCAGGGAGGGCGAGGGCAGAGGACGUAGCCGGAUUGCAUCUAUCCUGGGUGGUUUUGGUAGCCGAAAGAAGUCUUUCGGAGGGAUUCCACCAGGUGCGUCAAUCCAUGAUGUAGAUCCGCAUGCCUUCCCCAGAAGAGAUUCGAAGCAGCAAAGAGUAGACACAAUGUGGAAGAAGGAGAAGAAGAAGGAUAUGUGGCGAGCUAUUGGAUCCUGGUUCCACUUCAGCCACAUUCCAGCAAAUGCUGCAGACAAUACAUACUACAAGUCUGCCAUUUCUGCCAUACAGACUGCCGGUCCCGGUGUUGAUCCUCCAGGUCCGAGGGACAUCUACGGUGAGCUUCUUGACAACAAUAAGGAAGAGCUAGAGAAUUGGAUUGGUUCAUAUAAAAGCAAGUGGCCCACAUAUGGGCUCACUCUGAUGUGUGAUGGUUGGACCGGUCCGACAAAGCGGGCCAUCAUCAACUUUCUGACAUACUGUGAUACGAAGACCUUCUUCCACAAGUCAGUUGAUGCUUCGGAUAAGGUGCACAACGCCUCAUACAUCCUCAGACUUAUGGAGGAGGUGAUUGAUCAGAUUGGAGAGGAGAAUAUCGUGCAGGUCGUCACUGAUAACGGACCGCAAUAUAAGUUGGCCGGGCAGGUCUUGAUGGAGCGGCGACCACAAAUUUUCUGGACCCCAUGUGCUGCACAUUGCAUCGACCUCAUCCUGAUGGAUAUUGGAAAGAUCCGUAGGGUGCAACAUACGGUGGAGAUAGCCCAACGCAUCACCAGGUAUAUUUAUAGCCAUACUUGGGUUCUUUCAUUAAUGAGAAGGUAUGCAGGGGGAGAAAUUCUUAGACCAGGAGUCACACGGUUUGCUACGAAUUACAUUGCACUUGAUAGCCUUAUCGAGAAGAAAGGAGCCCUACGUCAGAUGUUUGUUAGUCCCGAGUGGCAGGAAAGUAGAUAUGCCCAGGCCGGCACUGAAGGAAGCAGGAUGGAAGACUUGGUAAGCAGGCAGUCAUUCUGGCAGCGGGCCAAUGCGAUAGUCAAGGCUAUCAAACCAUUAUAUGAAGUGCUGCGGGCCGUGGAUAGCGAGAGGUAUCCCCAGAUGGGCUUUUUGUAUCACAUGAUGGAGAAGGCAAAGGCUCAGAUCAUGGAGGCAGAUGUAGCCCAUGUCCAGGAGUACAUCGACAUCAUUGAGCGGCGGUGGGGAGCCCAAAUGGGUAGGGAUUUGCAUCUAGCAGCAUACUAUCUGAAUCCCCGGUUUCAGUACGAGAGUGGAAUUGGUAUGGAUGAUGAACUUCUUCAUGCUUUGCGUAAUGUUAUUUAUAAGAUGGAGCCUGAUCCAGAAGUCGCCGCGUUAUGUAUAGAAGAGACCAAAUUAUUUAGAGAGGGUAGCCACAGCUUUGGACAACGACCAGCUGUCGUGAGCAAGACAACUAUGAAUCCAGCUGAAUGGUGGAUUCAUUUUGGCGGAUCCGCAAAAAAUCUUAAGCGGAUAGCUAUCCGGAUUCUCUCCCAAACGGUCUCCUCGACUGGCUGUGAGCGCAACUGGUCCACCUUCGGCCUCAUCCACAGCAAACAAAGGAACCGUUUGACACAAAAGCGCCUCAACGACUUAGUUUAUGUGCACUACAAUCUACGGUUGAGGCUAAAAUGCAUUCAAGAGGAAGUGGAGCUCAAGUAUGCAGAUCCCAUCUAUAGAACUUUUACAGAUGAUGAUGAUAAUCCUAUGCUCGACUGGCUUGCGGCCCAGCAGCAGGAGCCCGAGCUUGAUGAGCCGGGAUCACCUCCACGACCAGCCAGUAUCAUAGCCACCGAGGCUAUGGUCGAUCCACAGCAAUGGGCUGAGCGCAACAUUCCACGCACUCCUACAGCUGAUAUGACGUGGCUAGAGGGGAGCCAGUCACCGCAUGACUGGUCCGAUGCUCCGGUUCAGAGAGAUGAUCCUCUCAUGCGAGGACGAGGACGAGGACGCUCUACUACCCAGUCGACUCGAUCAGGAGGGCGUCAAUCCCAACAAACAAGAAAAGGAAAGGAAAGGGCUCCAAUGGAGAGUGUCGAGGAGGAGACUUGGACCAGCAGCGAUGAAGAUUCUGGUGGUGAUGGAUCUACUAGCCAUGGAGGAAGUGGAGGACAGUAUGGUACUAGUUAUGAGACACAGCCGGAGGGAGGUUUUCGAUACACCGGUGAGUCUCAGUUUACACAUGCUACACAAGAUACGGACCACGGUAGGCCGUCUGAUAUAGGCCGGUCAGAUACCAUUGCAUAUCGAAGAAGAGCUCCUCGAGGUCGUUCAAGAGGCCAGGAUGCCGCUGCAGAUGACCUUCCAUAUGGAGUCGAAUCCAUUGAUGUAUCAAGUUCCGAGUCUUCCUAUUAUCCGCGGCCUCAGCCAGCCUAUGGAUAUGGUGCAUCAGAGUCAUCUUCCGGUAGCUACUAUCCUGCGCAGCCCGGAGGAUCUUACGGAUCGGAUUUUAGUGCCGGCAUAUUCGGAUGGGCCCCUUAUCAAGACACCUCUCAGAGCCAGAGCUUCAGCGAGAGAUCCGAGAGUUCUUAUGAUCCAACGCGCAUUCCUCGAGGAUUGAGCAUACAAGACUACAAUGCUGCUUGGUUAGAGGGAUGGGUUGAUCUGCCUCCAUAUUAUGCUGAUGAUCCAGAUAUUGACGAGAAGCAUCGCCAUUCGACCCGAUUUUAGAUAUUCGAGAGUGAUUUAAACGUAUGUAAUUGAUUGCAUCUUAAUUUGAAAAUUUUUUAUGUUCUUCA